AUGGAGAAUGGCACAGAGGGCAAGAACUUCUACAUCCCCCUGAACAACCGGACAGGGCUUGUGAGGAAUCCUUUUGAGUAUCCACAGUAUUAUUUGGCAGAUCCAUGGUUAUUCAAACUGCUGGCUGCCUACAUGUUCAUCCUAAUGUGCUUUGGCUUCCUCAUCAACUUUCUGACACUGUUUGUCACAGCUCAAAACAAGAAGCUCAGGCAACCUCUUAACUUCAUCCUAGUCAACCUGGCUGUGGCCGGACUGAUCAUGGUCUGCUUUGGAUUUACAGUCACCUUUUAUACUUCCCUAGUAGGCUAUUUCGCCUUGGGACCCAUGAGCUGUGCAAUUGAAGGAUUCAUGGCUACACUUGGAGGUCAAGUGUCUCUGUGGUCUCUUGUGGUUCUAGCAGUUGAGAGAUACAUUGUGGUCUGCAAACCCAUGGGCAGUUUCAAAUUUACAGCGACCAAUGCUGCAACAGGUUGUGCAUUCACCUGGAUUAUGGCUUCUACCUGUGCUGUCCCUCCUCUCGUUGGCUGGUCAAGGUUCAUUCCUGAGGGUAUUCAGGUUUCCUGUGGACCUGACUACUACACUCUGGCCCCAGGCUACAACAACGAAUCAUAUGUCCUUUACAUGUUUAGCUGCCACUUCUGUGUUCCCGUUUUCAUCAUCUUCUUCAGUUAUGGAAACUUAGUGUGGAAAGUGAAGGCGGCCGCAGCCCAGCAGCAAGACUCUCUAUCUACCCAAAAGGCAGAGAGAGAAGUGACACGUAUGUGCAUCCUGAUGGUGUUGGGCUUCCUGGUGGCAUGGACUCCAUAUGCCAGCGUUGCUGCCUGGAUCUUCUUCAAUAAGGGAGCUGCGUUCUCAGCUACAACCAUGGCUGUCCCUGCCUUCUUCUCAAAGAGCUCAGCAUUGUUCAAUCCUGUUAUCUAUGUGUUGAUGAACAAACAGUUCCGUAAUUGCAUGCUGAGCACUAUUGGAAUGAGCGGCAUGGUGGAGGAUGAGACCUCAGUAUCAACCAGUAAGACAGAAGUGUCCUCUGCUUCUUAA